AUGAAGCUAUCUUCAAUCAUACUACCCUUGAUAUCACUAUCAUCACUGGCCAUUGCAAACAGAGUCACUCUAGAUGAGUCCUAUUCCCAAUCAUGUACUGGGAUGUAUGAUAAACAAGCUUGGGGUGGGUCGAAAAACCCAUUCAUAUCUUUUAAUUUACAAAAAUAUCAAUCAUCAUCUUCUGAAUCUGAUCCAAAAUUAUCAGUUAUAAUAUUCGAAUAUCAAGAUUUCGACCUAAUAGGCCAUCUUUUGGAAAAUGGUCAUCAUAAAUACAUUUGUGAUGAUGAUUCAAUCUCCAAAAAUUAUUGUAAUGAAUCUUCAAAAGGUGAAUUCAUAAUAGAUACAAACAACAACAUUUCUGAAAUCCUAACUUUUGAAACAAAUCAACUAGGUUUACAACAAUUAGUUUAUCCAAUUGUGAAAACAGGUUAUUAUUGUGUUGCAAGUUUCCCAUUGGUCAAUGAUGCAAAAUUUAAAGCUCAAGUCAAUUUUAGAAACUCAUUUGGUGAAAUCGCAGCUUCUGAAUUCCCUAAACUAACAUUGUACGGGGCCCUUGCAAUAAUGUAUGCUGUGUCAAUGGCUUAUUAUGGGUUUAAUUUUUGGAAACAUAAACACGAAUUAUUACCAUUACAAAAAAAUUUCCUGUUUUUUUUCCUCUUUUUAACAUUGGAGACCGUUUUCGUUUGGGGUUAUUAUGAUUUAGAAAAUAGAAAAGGUGAAAAUGACGCUGGUGUUAAAGUUUAUAUGACUUUCACUUCGAUCCUAAGUGGGUUUAAAGUUUCAUUCUCUUUUUAUUUGUUAUUGGUGAUUUCCUUGGGGUAUGGUGUUGUUUAUCCUAAAUUGGAUAAGAAAUUAUUACUUAGAUGCAGAAUCCUAACUGGUGUUCAUUUCUUCUUUGUUGUGUUCUUUGUUGUUUCAAAUUAUUUAACUUCUCCAGAAUCUCAAUCCUUAUUAGUUGGUAUCCCUGCAAUCCCUGUUGCUAUUUCCACAGCUAUUUUCUAUGCAAUGGUUUUAAAAUCCCUAUCAACAACAACUGCCCUAUUACACUCCCAAAGACAAAUGAUCAAAUUGAAAAUGUACAAAAAUUUAUUCAGAAUCAUUUUUUUUUCAUUAUUAGUCCUCGUGUUUGGGAUAAUUGUCAGUUCAUUCAUAUUCAUCGGAAUGUCUACAACUGAACUAAUCGAACAACAUUGGAAAUCAAGAUUUUUUUUCCUAGAUUUUUGGCCAUCUUUAGUUUAUUUUGUCAUAUUCAACCUAAUUGCAUUCAUUUGGAGACCAACAGAUACAAGUUAUAUGCUUGCCGCAUCUCAACAAUUACCAACAGACCCGGAAAACGCUGCGGAUUUCGAAUUGGAUGAUAUCCAAUCUUUACAAAAUGAUGAUGACGAUUUGAUU